AUGGCUUCAACGCUGAGUGAUGGGCGAUCAGUGGUGUUGCAUUCUCGGUCACUACCAGCGCUGCCAACAGAUUUUUCGGGCCCCUCGGAGUUGCCAGCAGAGCUUCCACCAUUGCCACUGCCCCCAAUGACAGUGAGAGCAUCGCCGCCGCCUCCGGCACCGGCGUCGACAUCUAGCAUGAACGCAGCAUCGUCCUCUUUUGUAACAGAAAAGGCAUUGCUGGCAAAUCGUUCUAUUGAUGAUGACCUGACAACCGACAGCGCCAGUACCUCGGAGCCCCCACCAUAUUCAAGCCCCUCCAAUAGCUCGGAGACGUCUGUUUCACACGAUUCCCAAGGGAUACACGGAAUUCACAAUUAUACCGGUCUACCCAGGCUGGAUUACAAGCUUUACUCACCACCAAAUUUCACUCUAUCGCCCGAUUGUACCACCCUGUCGUCCAAGGCAGAGUAUCUGACAGCGAGCGCUAGCGCGCUGAUAGGGCUCGUCAGAUCCCAGGCGAGCAUCCCACCCAAGCCGUUGAUACAUAUCAAAGGCAACCGUGGUCGCACUAUUGAUUUUGACUUCAAAAUGAACCUUAUGGGCCUGUUGGUGGCAGACGACAUGGGCAAGCGUCUGGACUACAUUCGGUGUGUUGCGCCGGGCGAGGUCGCGUUCCGUGGCGGCGCGAAGCCCGAUGUCCUCCCCGAGGUGGGUGAUAGGGAGCUGGAUGAGUGGUGUCGCCGAUUCAUCGAGGAUCCGGCGCCCAUCAAGAGUUUUGCACUCGAACGAGUUGUUGCCAAUCUAGACACGCUCUACAUUGAGGGCCAGAUUCGUAGUUUGAUCGCCUCGACUCAGUACAAGGGGCAGAUCAACAUCUCGUUUCCCGUGACGCAUGCCAAGGUCAAGGUCAAGAGUGCCGAGAAGCCGAGCAAGCUCUACAUGGGCAUGAAGAACCUUUUCACAAGCAAGCACAAGUACGAAGUGGUACAGUCGGUGUGGCCCUUUGCGACGGCCAGGAACGGCGAGGAGGGUCGGAGGUGCAUGGUGCAGAGUGAAGAAGUGUGGUGGCGGGAAUGGAGAGACUCAAUCAAGUAUGCCAUGGCGCAGAAAAGGCAGAACGGGGCGUACGUGACGAACGAGGACAAGCUGGAGGCACUCAUGGAGGGCAAGGGCAAGGGCGUGGCGUCCAUCGACUGGGGAGGGACAGGACCCGAGCUUGAGGAACACGUCGUGUGA